UCAUCACAGGUCAAAAGAAAAAGAGGUACAACUAGGUGCAAGGAGAUUUGGGCUUUAUCGAAGGGAGAAAAGGUUCAUGUUCGGAUCAAUAGAUAUGGCCAACCAGUUGGUAGCAAAGCUAAGAAAUUGGGCUACUUUUUGGGUACUUUAGCCAGAAACGGAGCCUAUGCACCUCUCAGAUAUGCCGAUUGGAGGAACAUGCCCGCUCAUUACAAAACUGAAAUGUGGGAUUUAGUACAGGAAAAAUUUGACAUUGAUCCAUUAGUGGAACCAUGGAUAAUGAGUUCCUUGGACAGCAAGUGGAGGAAUUUCAAGAAUAAAGUAAAAAAUAGGUGGUUCGGGAAGAAAGAACGUGAUGGAAGAGUACUCAAUGAUGAUUGGACAUGGCUCUUGGAAUUUUGGAGUAGUAACAAAGCUGUGAGAAGGGAAAUUGUGGCUAAGGAAAACAGGAGCAAAGUGAAAUCAGCACACACUUUGGGUACGAAAAGUUAUGCUUGCAAGAGAGACGAAAUGGCAGAGUCUACACCUGAUAAGGUAGAGCCAACUCCAGCUCAGGUUUAUGUUGUUGCUCAUGUGCGUAAGAACGGGACUCCAUUGAAUGCUCAAGUGGCCCAAGUUAUUGUCACACCAAAUGAUAUUCUCAAUACUUAUCUGCCUCAUCAUCAAGGCUUAUCUUCUAAAACAGGCACAACAGUUGCGAGAAACAACUCUUCACAAAUGGUACAAAAUAGGACAUUCUCAUUUUUGGAUUAUGCAUUGAAUUCUUCUCAAAAUGUUGAUUCCUCUAGUCAACAAAGAACUGAGCAAGUUUCUUCAGCUGCUGCAAUUGGUCACGAGUCUCAGGUCACAUCAACAUCAAGAAAUGGUCAAACAGUUUGAAGACUUUAGAACAAUUUAGUUAUGGCACGGGAAUUAGUUUUAAUAAGAGCAUUAGUCUUUUGAAAGUUAUUUUUGGUUGCUAGAAUGACUUUACAGUACUAGCA